AUGUUCUCGCAGUUCGCACUGUCCUCGAGAUCACAUUGGAUCUCCACCCCGACGCAGAUGGAGCUCGCCACUAUGAGGAAGCCGAUGACAGCGUCGAAAACCUUUUCCUUGCCGUGCCGGUGCACCAGCUUCCACGACACCAGGCGCGCCCAGCCGAUGGGACCAGACAGCGCGGACGGCUCCAACACCGAAGGGGUGGAGUUCGAGACCUGCACGUGUUCUGAGACCUGUACGUGUUUUUCCUUGUCAAGCGCCACUUCGUAUCAGUCCGCGGCAUCGGCGAGAGGUAGCUCACCUUGCUGUCGAGCGUCUCGAGCCGAGGCCUCUUGCUCCAGCGACAGGCACGCCGAGCCGUUCGCGGAGGAGCGGCAGACGGAGCCGUCGAGGGCCUGGCUGCUGCUGCCCGGGCCCGACGGGCGGCUCGGCACCGAGGCCGAGGUGCGCACGCGGUGCACCGCCAUGCUCGGCUCGGGGCUGAGGUGCGCUCCUGCGGCGUCCAGCUCGGGCACGGCCAUGCGGAAGGCACGGCUGGGAGGGGCUGGCGGGGUUGCUGUGCGGGCCGGCUGGGCCGCGCGCCGCGACGGCCUCGGCGAGACCGCCGUCCGGGCCGGUCAGGGACAGGCGGCGCUGCGCCCGCACUCCGCGCGCAGGGCGCGGCGGAGGGCGCUGCGCUCGUCGAGGGGGUCGCCCCAGUGCUUCU